AUGUCGAUCGGGGUUGCAUGCCCGGUCAUAGCUGGCGUUACGAUUGAAGCUGAAGGUUUCAUUCCUGUCAACCAGAACGACGUUUCUGGAAUUCUGAACAUCUCGUUAUACAUCCCGGACUUCGAAGGGCGGGCCAUCCUGAGGAUCUUCUCGAACUCUACGCAAGCUGAGAUCGGUUGCUAUGCCGCGCAAAUCAUGAAUGGAAACACGUUCCGCCAGAAGACUGCAGUGGGCGCUGUGCUAGGGGUGUUCACGGCGACAGCGAUGAUCUCCUCCUUUACUACAGCAAUCUAUGGGAAUAACAUCGUCGAGAUGCGCAAACACUACGCUCAUUCAGUUUCGGUCAUGGUUGUGUUUUCUGUAUGGCACCACAUCUAUUUUAGCGGCGCCCCAUCGAUGAAGUGGCCUGGUGCCCUUGUUUCAUUCUGGAGCAACUAUGCUUGUGCGGGCGGCAUGAUAUACUCCGAACACAUGCAGAACAUCAUCAAUGAGUUCAUCAGAUCCAACAAAGGCAACACAUCCCACUUGGGCGCUACAGGGAAUGGUGUCAAUAAUCCGGACCUUGAUGACGGUUACAGUAUCCAGGUGAUCUACAAGCGAGAGAUGGAUGAUCGAAGCAGAGACUUCUCGUAUACGGGAAAGCCUGUGAAGCCCGGCCUUCCUAUCCCCGGAAACUUUUCUGGCUUUCCUGGGACACUUGCACAAGAACGAAUACCUGCUUCGAACGCGUUCAUGACGUGCCUACUCUGGUCGCUGAUACUGGUCGUCUGUCUCGUUGCUUCAAUUGCAACUUUCAAAGCCUUGUUGGAAGCAUUCAGCAAGAUGAGACUGCUGAAAAGAGACUCACUGGCCUAUUUUCGGGCUCACUUCAUCCGUUACACGACUCUUACUGUCUUGCGAGUUGCCUUCCUCGGGUUUUUCAUGACAGCCUUUGUCUCAAUGUUCCAACUCUCCUAUCUGAGGUCGACAGGCCCUGUUGCAGUAGCUUGUGUGGUCUUCUUUCUCGUGGUAUUCGGUACAGGUACUGCGGCGGGUCUUGCUUGUUACCGGAAGGUGCGUGGCGGAGGAUACCUGUGUGAGAGAAACGCCUUGAUCAUUGAGGAAAGGAAAGUUUGUAAGUUCAUUCCAUGGUUCAAAGUUUCACGCCAGAGCGAGGCUUCGCGAUCGGAGGAUAAGGCAUAUGUCGGGACGAUUCCUUGGUGGACUCUCCGAUCCUCGUCUGGUGAAAAGUCGGUCCAUGACGACGAGAAAUUCAUCCGGUCGUUUGGCUGGCUUGUAUCGCGAUAUCGUCCGACACGCUGGUGGUUCUUCGCACUCUGGCUUUUGUACGAGUUCACCAGGGCCUGCCUCUUGGCUGGAGCUUCCAGUCAACCUCUCAUUCAGGUCUUCGGUCUACUUGGGGUCGAAUGUAUAGCGCUCAUCGUUGUCUUCUAUCUUCGCCCCUUCGAAGGUCAGCGCCUCAACAUCAUCUUGGCAUACUCUCUAGGCUCCAGCAAAGUAACCACCACUGCUCUUGCUGCGACUCUCGAUAUGCGAUUCAAUUUACCCCGCAUUUUGGCGACUGUGAUCGGAAUUGUGAUCAUCGUCAUCCAGGGACUGCUGACGUUGGUCGUUCUGUUCGCGAUCAUAAGCGGUGCCAUCACCACCUCCUUCUCUGUCAGUCGAGACCAGGAAGAAGUACGACCAAGAGGAUGGAUGCCUGUCCGCGAGAAGUACUUCAAGCACCUUAACGGUCAGGCCGAUGACAUUGUUCCACGACGUCGCUCAGUAUCCGUUAUGCCGAUGCAAGAAGCACAAAAAGGCUCAUACUUCAGCGUGAACCGGGUCCAGCGCGUACCCAAGGUCGAAGACGAGGAUGUUGAGUUCGUGCAGGAGAUCUACAACGACUGCUCGGUAUCUAGAACGUCAGUACUCAGACAGGAUGAAGUGGAACCCGUAAAUGGCUUAUUGCAUCGAAGUCGAGCCGGGAGUGACACGUCGCAAACUUCACAGUCGAGUUUGCCACGAGCAGCACGUGUCCAUCGUCCCACCUGGAAGUCGCAUGACUUUGCCGAAGCGCGGGUUGCAGGGCGAACAAAGACACUAAGUAAGACUACGUCUUCCACGCCUGAAUAUCCCGAGCGCCCAACGAGCGUAACAGUACCGCAACUCGAUGGUGCAUCGAGCGGUUCCGAGAAUGUGGUUGGACGUUCAGAAUCUUUCCUUCCAGCUGCAAUUCAACCCGAAUCGGCGGCGUACAAGCCAAUCCUGCAUCCUUUUGCGGAAAAAGAUGGAAUGAGCCCGGCUCAGCGGUCUGGCCGCAAACCUAGCGUUCAUUCGUGGUCGAGCUCCACACUGCCAAUGGAGGCAGCGACUGACCAAGGAACCAUUUCGCCGAUGUGCAUAGAGAGCAGCAACAUGCUCCAGGAGCAGAGUCAAGAGACCUAG